GGUUUGCAUAUUCCCACUCAAGGAAGCAACGGUGCCAUCCUCAUCGACAAUGUCCUCCUCCUACAGUCUCUACAAAGAGCUCCUGCCGCCAAGCGGUAUCGAGCACUCGGUCGACGCCCGGUUCGUCUCGCCGCACGUCACUAAUCUCAUCAUAGCGCGGGGAAAUGUGCUGCAGAUUUACGACGUCGUUGAGGAGGAUCUGAUAGGUGGGGUCGAUGGACCAGACGAGAGCCAGCACGAAAAGGGUCAUCUAAAAUCGGAAUCGGCACAUACGUGGAACUCCCCAAGACCGCGCAAGGUAGCCAAGCUCAAUCUGCACGCGGAGUUCAGACUUCAAGGAAAUGUAACCUCGAUAGGGGUGGUCCGCACAACAACUCCGGUCGGUUUACUAGGAAUGGACAGUUUACUCUUGAGUUUCAAAGAUGCAAAGAUGUCGUUGAUAGAGUUCUCAACAGCAACUCAGAACAUUGUCACUGUGUCAAUACAUUACUAUGAGCGUGAGGAAUUCAAGAAAGAAACUCAGGUCGAGAAGUUUUGUCCGGAAAUCCGAGUAGAUCCGCAAAAUCGAUGUGCGAUACUACAAUUUUACAGCGAUCGACUAGCCAUUCUGCCUCUCAAGCAGGAUACGACGGUUCAGGUGAUGGAAACGGACGACGCAAUGAGCAAACAUCCGUUUCAGCCAAGUUUCGUCGUGCCGUUCUCCGCCAUCGAGCCAAAGAUGAGAAACGUUGUUGAUAUGGUGUUUUUAUAUGGCUACCUGGAACCCACAUUGGCGAUCUUGUACGAGCCCGUUCAGACUUGGGGAGGACGUUUAGCCGCCCGAAGAGAUACUAAACGUCUCAUAGUCAUUUCCCUCGACCUCGAUCAGAAAAGCUACCCCGUACUCUUCAGAGUAAAUCACCUUCCCUACAAUUGCUUCAAGCUGAUAGCCGCACCAUCCCCAGUGGGUGGUGUUCUCACAUUCUGUCCCAAUGCCAUCAUUCACGUCGACCAGACCUCUGUACCCGGAAUCGCUUGCGCCGUCAAUAGUUACUAUGGGCGCGAGGCUACCUUUCCUCCACCGCCAAGUUUGGAGUCCGUCGGACAGGACUUUGAGACGAAGAACCCCCUGUAUGACCCUGCGAACGUUGCGGAUUACAAACAUCUCGGUCUGUCAUUGGAGGCGUCAGAACCUUUCUUUCUCAACCCGGACACUCUUCUCGUUGUCCUCCGCACUGGGGAGAUGAUUAUGCUGGAUCUGAAGGGAGGGGAAGGCGUGGGCAGGGGGUGGAAGCGGCGGAAAGGCGGGGUGAAAAAGUUCACUCUUACCAGGCUUGGGUUGGAGGCCAUCAUGCCAUCCUGCGGAACACGGUUCGGACCGAUUGGAGCCAGUGCAGGCAGGUUGGCCAUGACCGCGAGUGCCGUAGGACGCGUUGGUGGCCAAUAUCAGACAAAGGACGGCGAGGCGACGUACGGCUACUUCUUCAUAGGCUCUAGAGUCUCCAACGCGAUGCUGGUCCAGUUCAACGAGAUCCAUAGCGAAAUCAUUGUCGAAGCAACGCCAAAAGCAGAAACCGAGUCAAACGGUUCGAUUCAAGAUGUCGAUAUCGAUGAUGACGAUAUCUACGGAUCGUCCAUCCGCACUGUCUCGGCUUCCAUAACCCCUUCAGUCUCAACGACCACAAAGGUGGACGACGUCAAAUUCACAUUCCGGAUAUGCGACUCGUUGGUGUGCAAAGGGCCGAUUCGCGAUGCCGCUGUCGGCGAACCCAUCGUCUACUCGACGCACCCGUUCUCGACCAGCCCGGAACAUCCGACUGCCAACCUUGAGAUCGUGACAUGCACGGGGGAGGCACGCUCUGGUGCGCUGGGCGUGUUGCAAUGCAGCGUCCGGCCGCAGAUCAUAUCAAGCUUUGAUUUGGGCGUUACGGAUAUGUGGACCUUGCGAUGUGCGGAUUCGAAGGAUGAAGCCAGAAAGCGACAAGGGUCUGCAGCGAUGGAAGUCGAUAGGAACCCUGACUCCCCAGAAGCAAAGACAGACCUUGGCGAGGAAGAUACCUCCCGGCACAAGUACAUGUUCUUAUCGGACGACACUCGCACGAUCGUCCUGCAGACGGGCGAAGAGUUUUCCGAGGUCGAAACCGGAGAGUUUUAUAGAGAUGGCCCAACGCUCACCGUCGGCACCGUACUGGCUGGUCGCGCGAUCAUCCAAGUUUACCCACGCGGCGUUUUCGUGCUGGACACGGAUGGCCAAAAGAUCGAAGACAUGCCUUUCGGGCACGAGGACCGAUGGAUUGUGAGCUGCAGCAUAUUGGAUCCAUAUGUCAUGCUAUUGACGAACUUUGGCGAGGUGGUUCUGUUCACGUUGGAUGAGGAGACGCGAACGCUGCGGCUGCACAAGGAGCUGGCUGACUCGCCGGUUGUUUCCUGCUGCAUGUACCGCGAUAACAGCGGGCGCAACGCGUUCCCUUCCAUCCAUGAAUUUCUCAAAGAAACGCCGGUAGCAUCCUCACUUUCGACCACGUCUCGAACUCCGGCAUCCACAUCAUCGUCACCACAAUGCCAUCAGGAUCAACCGCCAGAAGAUGUCGUUUCCUCGGCCCCUACUCUGCUCGCGCCUCCGGAAUCCCGUAAACGAAAGAGACCGGAAGAGCUAGUUACGGCACCUAGCGCGAAGAGCCUGGACGCUGAAUUGUACGGAUCGGUUGCGGAGGACAUGGAUGACAUAUAUGGGGUGGAGGUUGAUUACUCCUCAUCCACGGACGAGGACCUGCGUGACGCGGAUGGGAUGGAUUUGGAUGGAGAUGCCAGCUUCAAUGAGGCGGAUGCGCAUGGGAGUCUGGAUGCGAACGGAGAUGCCAUUCCACACCUUGACGGCAAAAGGGACCGGGGAGAUAAGAAUGAGAGUCCCGAAGAUAUGCCUAAGCCGGGAGAGCGAACGUGGGGAGUCGUGUCUCGGCAAGACGGGUCAUUGGAGAUAUUCCUCCUACCGGAUUUUGAGCAGUGUUUCUAUGUGCCUCGCUUCGAUCUGCUACCGUCCGUGGUGUGCGACCACUCGCAGGCCCCAGAUGCACGUGGUACACAUCAAGCAGCCCUGAAGUUUGAGGAAAUCGCGCUGCUGAAUUUGGGACGCAACGAGAAAUGUGCAUUCCCGUAUUUGAUGGGUCGAACAGUAGAGGCUGAUCUGGUGAUUUACAGAUCUUACGUGCAUCUCUCUACAGAGGACGAGAGUGCAGCACCUGUAACCCCCGGAUCUGCACUGGUCCCGAAAAUGCCGGGAACAAGUAUUGCUAAGGUUCCUCGUCGCCUGGCUGUUCGAUUCGUCCGCGUCUCACAUGAUCACAUCGCACGGUCAUCGACAUCUCGGACGGCUGGGCAGGACAUCGGAGUUCCCCCCGUAAAUGCCGUAUCCAGCAGCGUAAUUGCAACAGACCCGCGACACUCACAAACAACGACGGCGACAUCACCCGUCCAACCGAACAACUCCGCGUCGACACAACGUCGCACGCGUAAACAGCAUCUGAAACCUUUUGAGCGCAUCGGGCACGCGGGCGGGCUCGUGUAUUCAGGCGUCUUUAUUUCCGGCGAACGGCCCUGCUGGGUGAUGCUAGCCAAUUCAGGCGGGAAUGGUCCACAGUUUAGGUUACUGAACCUCGAAGGAGAUGACUACGCUGUCCAUCCGGAUCCGGUGUCUCUGUUGGAGCCAGUGUUACCGGUUUCGGGAACCAAUGCGAUUCGAGUGCAUCCACAGCUCGUGGAUGGGCCCGUAGCGGCAUUUGCGCCGUUGAAUAAUGUGAAUGUGCCGAAUGGGUUUGCUUACGUCAACGGGGAGGGAUUACUCCGGAUAUGUCAGCUACCAGCACACUUCAACUACGAUACCGAAUGGCCAUAUUGCAAAGCGCCUUUCGGCAAAACCGUUCACAAAAUCACAUAUCAUCACACAACGCAAACAUAUGCCAUUGCCACGUCAACCCCGACACCAUUCUACCUUUCACAAGCGCAACAUGCUGCGGCGGUUGCGGCAGGAAUCAUCGAGCAAGGCGACGAACUCCCAGAUCAAGAUCAGGCCAGAAAGAAUUUUGGAGUGAAGGACGAGGACAGAGAAAAGGGGAUGUACCUCCCGGAGGUUGGGUCAUACGAUGUGGAGCUGGUGUCGCCCGUGACUUGGGAAUCUUGCGAUGCCAUUGCCUUUGAGCAACACGAGCACGUCCUCGCACUGCACGCUCUGGAACUGGAGAGCAAGCAGACAGCCAGCGGCCGUAAACUGUUCCUUGCGAUAGGGACUGGGGUCGUCCGCGGCGAGGACUUAUCCGCCCGGGGACGAAUUCUCAUAUACGACAUCAUCGACGUUGUGCCCGAUAUGGCCAACCCGCACGCCAACCACCGGUUGAAGAAGCUCUUCAUAAAUGAGGAGAAGAGUCCCGUCACGGCCAUUUGCAAUGUGGGAGGCUACCUCCUCGCCGCCAUCGGCACCAAAGUCAUCAUCCACACCUUCGAGGACAACGAGUCUCUCACGGGCGUGGCGUUCAUCGACGUGAACAUGUACGUCAACAGCGUGAGCUCCAUCAAGAAUCUCAUUCUUGUCGGCGACAUCCUCAAAAGUAUCUGGUUUUUGGGAUUCCAAGAAGAGCCGCCGAAACUCGCAUUGUUGGGCAAGGACUACCACAUGCUCGAUGUGUACGGUACCGAGUUCCUCGUGGACGAUACAUCUCUCUCGUUCGUCGUGGGUGAUGGUGACGGGAACGUGCACGUUAUGACCUAUGCACCUUAUCACAUCCAGUCUUCCAGCGGACAGAAACUGAUCCGGCGUGGGGACUUCCACACUGGGCAGCACGUCAGCAAGAUUAUCAGGCUGGUACGAUUAUCCGGUUCUGCGAAGGCAACGCCAGCAGCCGGUAAAUCCGCGUCGCGACCGACAAAGGCUGCAGCGAAACAGCAGGCAUGCUUGAGUGCCACUUUAGAAGGCGGGCUCUCGGUACUCAUCCCGGUGUCGGAGAAAUUGUACAAACGCCUAUAUGGAUUGUACUCCAAGAUGGUCAACAACCUCCAACAUCCAGCGGGACUCAACCCGCGCGGGUUCCGCCAGGUCCCAUUGAAGGCACGGCCAGCGACUGCUGCGACGGCGACGCCAAUGACCGGCCCACCCGGCCCGCGGCUCGUGCUGGAUGGAGACCUACUGUAUCAAUUCACAUCACUGUCGUUGGCGCAGCAACGCGAACUCGCUAAAGGAAUCGGAAGUGCCGCAGAGAAGAUCAUGGACGAUCUCCUGGAGGUCAACAGCGGCGUGGAAUACUUUUAGGCGUACAUUGUUCCGACGGAAGUGGCGUACAUUACACAAGGCAUUGCGCCUGUUUUUGGGCUUUUGUUCCGUUAGGGGUUGAACUUAGCAUACCUUGAAUCAUCCCCGUUGUCUUGCAGUUUUGCAGGAGAACUCGCAAGCUUCGUACAUUAGCACCUGGGAUCUGAUAAAACCACUAAUGGUACUAUCUUGAACAAUUGAAACCGUCCCAUUGGUACAACAUGUUUCAACCUGCGCAUGCACACAAUUCAAUUUUCGUUUUUCGGUC